AUGUCCGUGACUGAGUAUGCUGUCAAGUUUGUGGAAUUGGCUAAGUUUUAUCCGCACUACACUACUGAGUUUUCAAAAUGCAUCAAAUUUGAGAAUGGCUUGCGUGCUAAGAUCAAGCAGGCAAUUGGUUACCAGAAGAUCCGUAAUUUUUCUGAGCUGAGAAUGAUUGAUGAGAGGCGGCCUAGGAAGAAAGACGCUCCUGUUGAGAUUGUCUGCUAUACUUGUGGUGAGAACGGCCACAAGGGUAAUGCUUGUCCUGGAGAUGUGAAAAGGUGCUUUCGUUGUGGUAAGAAAGGGAAUACACUUGCUGAGUGUAAGCAUGAUGAUGUUAUCUGUUUCAAUUGCAAUGAGGAAGAACAUAUUGGGUCACAAUGCAAGAAGCCUAAGAAGGCGCAGACUACUGGGAGAUUGGCGGAAAUUUAUAUUCGCGAUAUUGUGAAGUUGCAUGGUGUUCCUUCGAGCAUUGUAUGA